AUGGCCAGAAAGCGAAAGCUCGAUUCCAACUCCGCCGAGGCCUCCGAGCCGGCCAAGAAGCAGCAGCAGCCGACGGAGCCCGUCGUCGAGGAGCCCAAGCCCCAAAACGAGCCUCCACCGGAGGAGGUAGAAGAAGAGGUCGACGAGGAGGAAGAAGAGGUUGAGGAGGAGGAGGAGGAGUACGAAGAAGAAGAGGAGGUUGAGGAGGAAGAGACCGGCGUCGAGUACAAGACGGAGAAUGUAACGACGACGACGACGUCGGCGGAUCCGAGUCAGGCGAACGUGGAGAACGGCGGCGAGGAUGACGAGGACGAGCCGAUUCAGGAUCUUCUGGAGCCGUUUAGUAAGGAUCAGCUGGUGAGUUUGCUGAAGGAGGCGGCGGAGAGCCACCGUGACGUGUCGGAUCGGAUCCGGAAAGUUGCGGAUGAGGAUCCGAUCCACCGGAAGAUCUUCGUCCACGGGCUUGGGUGGGACACCACAGCCGAAACCCUAACCAGCGUGUUCACCGAGUACGGUGAGAUUGAGGAUUGCAAGGCUGUGUGUGACAAGGUCUCUGGAAAAUCCAAGGGUUAUGGAUUCAUUCUCUUCAAGACUCGCUCCGGAGCUCGGAGAGCUUUGAAGCAGCCGCAGAAGAAGAUAGGGAAUCGAAUGACUGCUUGCCAAUUGGCCUCGUUGGGCCCUGCGGCGACGCCGACUGGGCCUGGGCCUGCUGCGGUGGCGGCCCAGUCCCAGCCGGUUUCGGAGUACACGCAGAGGAAGAUUUAUGUGAGCAAUGUGGGAGCGGAUUUGGAUCCUCAGAAGCUGCUUGUGUUCUUUUCGAGGUUUGGGGAGAUUGAAGAAGGGCCUUUGGGGCUGGAUAAGGCGACGGGGAGGCCGAAGGGGUUUUGUUUGUUUGUGUAUAAGUCGCCAGAGAGUGCAAAGAGGGCUUUGGAGGAGCCGCAUAAGAAUUUUGAUGGUCACAUUUUGCACUGCCAGAAGGCUAUUGAUGGUCCGAAGCCGGUCAAGUCUCAUCACGGGAACCAGCACCACCACAAUAGGAAUAAGAAUUCCGGUGGUUUUGGUGGCGGAGCACCAGCUGGGCCUGGCCAUAUGAUGGCACCAGGUGGUGCUGCUGGAAUUGGGUUUAACCAGGGGGCUGCAUCAACACAGGCGUUGAACCCGGCGCUUGGUCAGGCUCUAGCUUUGCUUGCUACACAGGGAGCUGGUCUGAAUAUAUUUGGGACUUUGGGAGCUCAAGGUGUGAACCCUGGUGUGCCUGGUGGAGCACAUGGAAUACAAAGUGCGUAUGGUGGUCAGCCAAGUAUCAGUCCUGGAAUGAUGGGAACCUAUGGAAAUCAAGGGGCAUUGCCGGGAGGCUACCCCAACCCGCAGUUGGGCCAAGGUGGAUCAGGAAGAGGGCCACAUGGUCUUGGGCAAUACGGUGGUGCUCCUUACACGGGGCACUAGAUGCCCCUGAGAUUCCUCAUAGGUGCAUCAGUGUUUUUUACUGGUCUGGUGAUUCUUCUGAAGUUUAAAUGGAGCUGAUGGUUGCUACAAAGAGCAGAAUCUUAAAAUUGUCAAAAGAAAUUUCCGUUUUAUCCCCAUUUUCUAUUUCUUCUUCUAGCUCUUCAAAGUACUGUAGUUUUUUUAAUAUUUGCUUGAAAGCUCAAGGUUUGAGAAAUUGACUUAUAAACCUAUCUGUAUUUCAAGGUGUCAGUGAGGUUGAACAAAAUGCUUUUAAAUUUCCAAUCCUAUGGACUAAAUGAAUUUGUUAUGUAGUUUUAUUUCUAUAAUGCUUAUUGGUCUGUAUUAAUGCUCUUUUCAGUGAUUUCUUUUGGUUUUGAAUAAUUGUUUAUGGCUCGCACCACAAUCUUUAAUCAAGUUUGUCUAUACUAUCUUUGUUAGUUCUUUUGAAAAUGUGUUUUGUUUGUAAAUUAGCACUGAUUAUUGCAUAGUGCGAAAUUGUUGAGCACUGUCAGUUUUCAAACAAACCUCUCUAUCUCUCUCUGACAACCUGUUAUUGUUUACAACAAUAUUGCAUCCCAUUGGCAGGUAAUGUAAUGCAGGUGUGAGUGGCCAUAAUUA